UCAUACUUAGGUAGUACUAUAGAAGAAGAAUGCCUCCAAAGAAAGGCAAAGGUGGCGGCGGGAAUAAACAGGAUAAAAAUGCAGGAAAGGGUGGAAAAGGAGGCAAAGGAGGAGCAUCUGGUGGAUCAGAGGCCGCAGAGGGAAAAGAAAAGAAAGGAGGUACAGCUGUCAAGGUUCGUCACAUUCUGUGUGAGAAACAUUCUAAGGUAAUGGAAGCAAUGGAAAAGAUCAAGGCAGGGCAAAAGUUUAGUGAAGUUGCCACUGCAUAUAGUGAAGACAAAGCUAGACAGGGGGGAGACCUUGGUUGGAUGACAAGAGGUUCAAUGGUAGGACCAUUUCAAGAUGCUGCAUUUGCACUUUCAAAAUCAACUGUAGAUAAACCUAUAUACACUGACCCUCCCAUCAAAACUAAGUUUGGUUAUCAUAUUAUCAUGGUAGAAGGCAAGAAAUAAGUACUCAAGUAAAUAAUGGCUAUAAAGGUUACUUUUUAGGCUAUAUUUCUUAUUUUAUAAUAAUUGGCAUGGCAGGCAGAUGACAGUUUCAGGAUAAAAUAAAAAUAAAUCAAUAGACCUCAUCACCUUCGUUGUUUGUUGUCCCAUUUCGGACCAUGUCCCAUUUCAUGUAAUGUCACUCUUGGGCAAUUUGCAUAUGAAGGUAAAGAGGUCUAUUAUUUAUUUCCAUUUCACAGUCCCUUCACGAUAGGGCCCAGGUCAUUAGUCAGCAAAUUGUUUACACGUGCAGUCAAGUGCAUCCAUGUUAAUACUUUAAGGCGCCACCAUUACGCGGAGCAACUUCUCUGGAACUUGUCUCGCAACAACGUUACGUCACAAGUUGCAUGGAGCAUUGCAGUGUGUAACCAACAGAGCGCAAUAUGAAAAAUGUUGCGAGAUAAGUUGCAGCAAUCGUUGCGAAAAGUAGAAUUCGUUUUAUCUUUGGCAACGAUUGUGUCUCCGUUGCACCUUGUAGACACUCUUGCAACUUGUGUCGCAACACUGUUGCGAGACAUGUUGCAGAGAAAAUUGCCAUGUAAUUGCGCCUUUACUGCACAUUUCUUUUUGCGCUUCCUGCUCUUCACAAGCCACUUCUCUGUAGCUCUUCCCCUUCUUGGUUAAGCAUCUAAUUUUGAUUUUCAACCUGUAAAUAGACCUUCAAGUGUCAUUCCCCCGACAAUAAAUGAGCCGGAUUCUUCGUUUGUGUUGUAUCCAUA